CAACACAUCAAAAAACAUAUUUAGCGCUUUAAAGUAAAAAUAUCUCUACUUUAGAAAAAAAAAUGGAAUUCCAAAGUGAACCACUUGUGUUUUUUGUGAAUGGAAAAAAGAUAAUUGAGUCGAAGCCGCAGCCAGAAACACUUCUUAUUCAUUAUUUGCGUGAAACAUUACAUCUCACCGGUACAAAGGAAGGCUGCAAUGAAGGCGGAUGUGGCGCGUGCACCGUCAUGCUAUCAAAAUACGAUCGCAAAAAUAAUCGCAUAAGACAUUUUGCUGUUGUUGCUUGUCUCCUGCCGCUUUGCGCGGUCCAUGGUAUGGCAGUUACGACAGUUGAGGGCAUCGGGAAUACUCGAGAGAAGUUACAUCCAGUGCAGGAACGCAUUGCCAAGGCACACGGGAUUCAAUGUGGCUUUUGUACCCCCGGAUUUGUCAUGUCAAUGUAUGCAUUGUUGCGAAAUAACGAUGCUCCGUCUUUGGAUGAUAUUGAAAAAGCGUUCCAGGGAAAUUUGUGUCGAUGCACUGGUUACCGCCCAAUUAUCGACGGCUACAAGACAUUCACCGACGACUGGCAGAAAAACAAUUUCACUAAUGGGUGUCCAAUGGGAGAAAAUUGCUGCAAGAAUGGUGGAACUAAAGUGGAUUACCAACUUUUUAACCAAAAAGAUUUCGGUCCCUACGACCCAACGCAAGAAAUUAUUUUUCCUCCUGAAUUAAAGUCAUCGGAUAAACUUGACAAGAAUUUUCUCGUAUUCAAAGGAGAAAAAGCUACCUGGUAUCGUCCAGUUACUGUAAACCAGCUUAUCACGAUUAAAACACAACAUCCUGAGGCGAAAAUAAUUGGUGGAAAUACAGAAGUUGGACUCGAACUGCAAGCAAGCCCUGGAAAAUUUACGCACCUUAUCUACGUAGAUAAGAUAUCAGAAAUUAAUUUUACAAAAAUAACAAAUGAUGGAAUUCGCUUUGGAGCAAAUUUGAGUUUGACAGACUUUGAAAGCUUAUUGCGAACUGAGGUGUCUGGAGAAAAGGAAGAAUCAAAAGCAAGUUCCUACAAAGCAUUUUUGAAGAUGUUGCACUGGUUUUCCGGCACUCAAAUUCGGAACGUAGCUACAGCAAUCGGAAAUAUUAUGACCGCUAGCCCAAUUUCAGAUUUAAAUCCUAUCUUUUUAGUAUGUGGUGCAAGUCUCGAAGUCAUGAAUAAUGAUGGCAAAAUAAGAAGUGUCCCUAUUGACUCUAAAUUUUUUACGGGAUAUCGUAAAACUUGCUUGGAUAAAUCAGAUACCGUGCUCUCCAUAUUCAUUCCAAAGAGUAAAGUUGACGAAUUUUUUGUGGUUCAUAAGCAGGCUCGACGACGCGACGAUGAUAUUGCUAUCGUAAAUAUGGCUAUGAAAGUAAAAAUUUCUCCUAAUAAUGAAAUUUUGGAGCUGAAACUCGCUUACGGUGGAGUGGGUCCCCAAAUUAUUUCACCAUUGAAUGAUGAGUUUAAAUCUAAACUUCUUAAAUUUGAUGUUUCGACACUGGAUUUAUGCAACAAAGAGUUGACAAAAUAUUUGAAAUUAAAUUUAAAAUACGACGCUCCAGGUGCAGAAGUACCAUACCGACAGACGCUGGUUUUGAGUCUCUUUCACAAAGCUUUCUUCGAGAUAGAAUCUUUACUUCGUGGAAAAAAAGAAAACACUGAGAAAUUUCCACCACUUAAAAGUUUGCAGUUGUUUGAAAAAACGCCAGAAUCUCAGCCAACCAUUGAUCCAGUGGGACGUCCUACAGUUGUCGUGUCUGCUUACAAACAAAGUACUGGCGAAGCGAUAUUUUGUGAUGAUAUUCCUCGCUUCAAGAAUGAACUGUACUUAGCUUUAGUAUUGAGUACCAAGGCACAUGCGAAGAUACUAAGCAUAGAUGCGGAAGAGGCUUUGCGACAAGAAGGCGUAAAAGGAUUUUACAGUGCAAAAGAUAUCCAGCCUGGGAUGAAUAGUUGGGGUCCUUAUUACAAAGAUGAAACUGUUUUUGUUGAAAAUGAGGUUUUGUGUUACGGUCAAGUCAUCGGAGCUGUGGUAGCUGAGACAAAAGCGCAAGCUCAAGCUGCAAGUCGUCUCGUGAAAAUUAAUUAUGAGGAAUUGCCUGCGAUUCUGACGUUAGAAGAUGCAAUCGAAAAAGAAUCGUUUUACGACGAAAGUCCUCAAAAGUUAGAAAAUGGAAAUGUGGAUAAAAUAUUUAAUGAGACAGAACACGCCAUCGAUGGUACUUUCCGUACUGGGAAACAGGAACAUUUUUAUUUGGAGCCCCAAAGUUCAAUCGUUGUUCCAAAGGACUCGGAUGAAUUGGAAAUUUAUUGCUCCACACAAUGGCCAGAAUUGAUCCAAAGUCAAACAGCGAGAAUUCUCAACACGUCACAGUCGAAAAUCAAUGUCCGCGUUAAGCGAAUCGGCGGUGGUUUUGGUGGCAAGGAGAUUCGCUGUGCACUUGUUGCUUUGCCCUGUGUCGUGGCCGCUCAUAAAUUAAAACGGCCCGUUCGAUGCACAUUAUCGCGUCAGGAAGAUAUGAUAAUUACCGGUACACGUAAUCCAAUUUUAUUCAAAUAUAAAGUCGCAUUUACAAAAGAGGGAUAUUUAACGGGAUUAGAUGUUAAAGUGUGGUUAAAUGCUGGAUGUACAAUGGACUACUCGUGUUUGGUUGUGCAACGUGCAAUUUUCCAUGUGCAAAAUGCCUACAACAUUCCAAAUAUUCGCUGCAGGGGAUGGACUUGCAAAACCAAUACUCCUAGCAAUACGGCUUUUCGUGGAUUCGGGUCGCCGCAAAGCAUGAUGAUUGCCGAAGAAGCCAUUCGACAGGUUGCACGGUAUCUGAAUGUCGACUACGUUGAUUUGAUGGACAAGAAUUUAUAUCGAGAAGGACAUUUAACGCACUACAAUCAGAAAAUUUUGAAUUGCAACGUUGAGAGAUGUUUCCGAGAAGUACUGCAAAGCUCGUCGUAUAGAUCACGCGAAGCUGCCGUUAAAAAAUUCAACGAGGAAAACACGUGGCGAAAACGAGGAAUUACAGUUGUUCCCACCGUUUUCGGUCUCGGCUACAUCGCGCUAUUCUUGAAUCAAGCAGGAGCACUGAUCAACGUUUACACGGACGGAUCUGUCUCGUUAGCACAUGGUGGUGUCGAGAUUGGACAAGGAUUACAUACAAAAAUGAUACAAAUUGCUUCUCGCGUGCUCGAAAUUCCAGCAACUUUUAUUCACAUAAAUGAAACGGCAACAGAUAAAGUCCCGAACGCAACCAGUACAGCAGCAUCUACGGCAUCCGAUUUAAAUGGCAUGGCUGUGCUCAAUGCCAGCAAAAUAAUUAAAGAGAGAAUUGCACCGUACAAGGCACAGUAUCCCGAUAAGGACUGGAAAUAUUGGGUGCGGAAAGCAUACAUGGACCGAGUGUCGUUGUCCGCAACGGGCUUCUUCAAGCAAACCGAAAUUGGAUACGAUGAGGAACGCAACGAAGGAAAUGCCUUUUACUAUUUUGUCUUUGGAGCGGCUGUCGCCGAAGUCGAGAUAGACUGCUUGACUGGCGAUCAUGUCGUUCAUCGUGUUGACAUUGUCAUGGAUUUGGGCACAAGUAUCAAUCCCGCGGUAGAUAUUGGUCAAAUUGAAGGUGCUUUCAUGCAAGGAUACGGUCUUUACGUGAUGGAAGAAAUUUUAUUUUUGCCCAAUGGAAAACAGCAAACUACUGGUCCUGGUACCUACAAAAUUCCCACUGUCAAUGACAUUCCGCGCGAAUUUAAUGUUUCAUUACUGACGGACGCUCCGAAUCCGCGGGCUGUUUGUUCAUCCAAAGCUGUUGGCGAGCCUCCGCUGUUCAUGGCAUCGGCUGUAUUUUUCGCCCUCAAGGAAGCAAUUAUCGCAGCGAGAAAACAAGAAAACUUGGGAGCAGAAUUUGUUUUCAAUGCACCGGCGACUGCAGCACGAAUUCGCAUGGCAUGCGGCGAUAAAUUGACGAAGGAGUUUGACAGUGACGAGAUAUCAUCACAGAAGCCAUGGGCAUUUCCUGUUUGAGAAAAAAAAGAAUAUCAUAGCGAGGUAUUUUUUUAUUGAUUUUUUUCUAUGGUAAUUCGUAGU